GRAGGUGAAGCAAAUAGCUCCUCCGUGGCCGAUCGAUCAGCAUUUCGCGCUCCCUUUGAGGAUUUGAUGGAUGUUUGACCAGUGGAUGUGAUGCCCAUAUAUAUCAUCGACCGAAAAUUUCCCGACAUAUCUGGUGAKUUGAUACAGCUGGCAGGUGAAGGAGGAGACCCAAGAAUGACAGAAACUAACACCCCCAAAUCGGCAAAGAAGCCCCGCUGGACCUCCCUGGAGAUCGGCCUCAUUACUAUUGUCUCUUUGCUCUUCAUCGUCAUUGUUGCCCUCAUCAUCCUCUUUGCCACUCAGAAAACUGAUGAAAUCUGCACCACAGCUGACUGCACGCAGUCAGCGUCUCGUCUCAUCGAGAACAUGGAUUUAUCAGUGGAUCCUUGUGAAAACUUCUACCAGUACGCCUGUGGAGGAUGGCUCAAAAAGAACAUCAUCCCAGAGACCAGCUCGAGAUACAGCACAUUUGACAUCUUACGAGAUGAACUGGAGGUCAUCUUAAAAGGUGUCCUUGAGAAGACUGUGGAGGGGGAGGCUGUUGCUCUCACCAAGGCUAAGACCCUUUACAAGUCCUGUACCAAUGAGCGUUUAAUAGAGCAGAGAGGAGGAGGACCUUUGCUUGACAUGUUGCCUGAUGUGUUUGAGUGGCCCGUAGCGGUGGACAACUGGGAAGCGGACUAUGGGAAAACUUGGAGAUUAGAAGACGUCAUUGCCAGGUUAAAUGAGAAAUAUGGAACCCAACUCUUGGUGAACUUUUUUGUUGGCACUGAUGACAGGGACUCGACUUCACAUAUCAUACAUUUUGACCAGCAGACAAGCCUUGGUCUCUUGUCCAGAGAUUACUACGCCUGCGAUGGUCCACAUGCAGAGGUAUGUCGAGCUUACGAGCACUUCAUGAUUGACCUGGCAAAGUUGAUCCGCGCUGAUCGAGGACUGGAAAUCAACGAAACGCUCAUCAGAGAGGAGGUGAUGAGAAUUAUGGACUUGGAGAGGGACAUUGCCAAUGCCACAGAUACACCAGAGGAUCGAAAUAACCCAAUUUUGCUUUACAACAAGAUGGAACUGGGAAACUUAAAUGCCAAUUUCACCCUUGAAGUAGAAUCAAAGGUAUUCAACUGGAUUUACUUCACCAGAAAAAUAAUGAAUACAGUCAACAUCAACAUUCCCAGCACAGAGCAAGUCAUAAACUACUCCCCUAACUAUUAUAGAAGACUCAACCUGGUCUUGGCCAAAUACUCAAAAAGGGAUUUGCAGAACUACAUGGUAUGGCGUUUUGUUAUGAACAUGGUGGUGGGCCUGAGCAGAACUUACAGAGACACCAGGAAAGCUUUCCGCAAGGCUCUGUCUGGUACUACAUCAGAGGUCGCUGUGUGGCGACAGUGUGCACUUUAUGUCAACAACAACCUGGACAAUGCUGUAGGACGGCUGUAUGUACAGGAAGCCUUCUCUGAAAAGAGUAAAGAAGAGAUGGAGGAGAUGAUUAAAGAAAUCCGGGAAGUGUUUGUUAGUAACCUUGACGACUUGACCUGGAUGGAUGCAGAGACCAAGAAAGCGGCAGAAAAAAAGGCCCGGGCUAUUCGAGAACGGAUUGGCUACUCUGAGAGCAUCAUGGAUGAUGAACACUUGAACAAUGAGUACAAAGAUUUGAACUACAGUGCAGAGGAGUACUUUGAAAACAUCCUACGAAACCUCGAGUAUGUGCAGAAGAAGCGCCUGCGGAAACUGAGAGUCAAAGUCAACAAAGACGAGUGGGUAACUGGAGCUGCUGUUGUCAAUGCCUUCUACUCAUCUAGCAAAAACCAGAUAGUGUUCCCAGCAGGUAUUCUUCAGCCUCCAUUCUUCAACAAAGGUCAGGCUAAAUCUCUCAACUAUGGUGGCAUUGGAAUGGUCAUCGGUCACGAGAUUACACAUGGCUUUGAUGACAAUGGUCGUAACUAUGAUAAGGAUGGUGAUCUGAAGGACUGGUGGACACCAGAAUCUACUGCUAGAUUCCUGGACCUGUCCAAGUGCAUUGUUGAUCAGUACAGCAACUUCUCUUGGGAUCUGACCAAUGGAAUGAAUUUAAAUGGUAACAACACCCUAGGGGAAAACAUAGCUGACAAUGGAGGCAUUCGACAGGCAUAUCAGGCUUACAAGAAUUAUGUGAAGCACCAUGGAGAGGAGCCACCACUGCCGGGCAUUGACCUUUCACAUGAUCAGCUCUUCUUUCUAAACUUUGCUCAGGUGUGGUGUGGAACAUAUCGACCAGAGCAAGCAGUCAACUCCGUUAAAGUGGAUGUACACAGUCCGGGGAUAUUCAGGGUACUUGGCUCCCUUCAGAAUUUUCCAGAAUUUGCCAAAGCUUACAACUGCAACAAAAGCAGCUACAUGAUCCCUGAUAACGUUUGCCGUGUGUGGUGAACUACAGAGUUGUCUCUGGCCCUCACCACUUUUUGUACCUUUCCCCUCGGACUGCUGGAGCACUCACAGUGGGCUACAGGGAGGUGGAAGCUUCCCUUAGAUCUUUACUGGUUGGACCAUGGCUGAUGAACAGACUGCAGUGUGCGCUUUACCCAAGGACAUACAGAAGCAGACUGUACCCUGAAGGGCAGAAGGAGCACUGCCUCGCCAACUCAGAUACUGUAGUUCAUUAAAUCAGCCAGUUUCUUUGUAUUUUUUCCUCCUCCUCCCUUUUUGUUCCAUUUUUUCUUAUUGUUUGAGUCUGCCAAUGUUURUGACAGCAUAUGUGAGUGUUUCAAUCAAAAUGCUUUAUAAGUUGUAGGCAAUAGUUACGAACAGAAAUAUGCUCAGCCCACUCACACAUUAAUACACCAUCUACCCACACUCUUACACACGCGCGCGCACACACUCGUACACAUCAGAGCCAAACCACUGGAUUGUAUGUGGGCCUUGGCUGUUGUGCUCAUGAAACCUCAACUCUUUUCAGUCUUUGUUAGCCUACAAUAAAUUACACAAAUAAAUCUUAAGAUGCUUUUGUUUAUACAUGAAACUAAAUUAAGUAAAUUGUUGUUUAAUAAAAGAAUAUUUUAAAUAGACUAGAGUAUUUAAUAUCCCAUAUUACAGUGCUAUUCUAUAUAUAAAUAAUGAUGACUUAACCCUCCUCCUGCCUUGGAUCAAACUUUAAACUAAGGGYAGCAGGAAGGUUGACAUGAGAUUGCAUUUAGCAGAAUGAAGAUUAUUAACCAAAACAAAGAUCUUGCCUUUUAAAAAAGACAAUCUACAGAUUCCAGACAUUUUUUAUGUGCCCCCACCUGAGCCUCAUGUUUCUGUGAAKGUCUUUGUAACAUCUUUGGCCAAGCUAUUUGGUAUGCCUUACAGUUGUGUUCUGUCAUGAAUGUGUUUUUUGUGGGAGAAUCAGAAAAAAGGAGUUUAACUUUUUACCAUGCUUGUUUGGUUAUUUGUGAAUUGUGAGGGAAGUUUACAGUUCUGCUUAACAGAAAUGAAAAAUGUGCCUGAGAAUGUUUAUUUGGUACCCCUUUGAAGUUAGUAUACAUGAGUAGUCAAAUAGGUGGAGGAGAUUAAGAAACUUGGGUAACGUUAAAAUUUUGCUUUAUUUUGUUUGUUUUUUUUUUUUUUACAAAAAAAAGGUUUCACUACGUUUCUUGGCCCUGUUCAAACYAGUUGUUUGUUCAGUGUAUUGCUGCAAUUGCAGUUCUAAUCUUACAAUUUCCAAAGAUCACAAAUUUGUUYGACCUUUUUAGAAGGUAAAGUGGUUGCAGCAGUUAGCUGUAGCACUUCAAAUUUGCAAGUCAGUUGUUUAGAUGACGGCAAUCUAAAAUUACCUUUUUUUUAGAGAAAGUUCCAAACACAAAACCAUUGUAAAGUGUCAUCUACAAAAGUUUUUUUUUUUAACAUGUAGAACUUUCCCACCCAAAAAAAGUCUGAACUAUCCCUUUAACAUCACACUGCCUGGAGCAAUGACUUUGUGCCAUCUCUACUAGUUGCCAAGCAACCUAAGUGUUACAAGAGAUGACUUGUCAUUGCAGGGCGGAUUAUAAACACACAAAAUAUUGGUUUGUGACUUUUUCAUAAAAUUAUUGAUCAUCCUGGGUACAUGUUGGUCUGAAACUGAUUUUCUCAGCUCUUGGCAAAAUGUAAGAAAAUGUUGAACCCUCAACCUUUUUUYYCYCCCUURACUGUCCCACGUUAGGAGAGAGUCUUGAAAAUUAAAGUUAAACUGUUGCGCUGAAGCUUUUAAGCAAAUCACAUCUGUGAAUUUCAGAAGACCAAUGUGUGUGUGGGACAUUAUUUUCUAACCUACUGUAAUUUUUUUUCUCACUGUACACAAUUUUGCCUUUUUYCCCCCUGAAGAUUAGUACAAACGGUUCGUCACAUUGAACAACUUCCUGUUUAGUCAGUUUUUACUACUGUUUUUGCCUUUUGAAUUACUUUUGUUGCAGCUGUUCUAAAUUUCUCUKGCUUUCUUUCUUUUGUUGUUUUAAGGCUCCAAUUGUAGAAAAACGGAUAUACCUCAGUUGCCUGUAUUUAGAUACUUUCUACCAAUGACUAAUCUUUAAUAGCCUUUCUUUCUUUUAAAAUAAAUCUUUAGAUAAAACA